UUUUUUUAAAAAAUCUUAUUAUUAUUAUUAUUUUUUUUCUAGAGAGAGAAAGAGAUGAGUGGAGUUCGGAUCAAAGAACACAACAACGCUCGCCUCCCUCGUUUCUUCUCUUGUGCCCACGAACCCUAGAUUCCGUAAUCGGUUUUUGUUUUUUUUUUGGUUUUUCCCCUGUUUUAUUUACUGUUUGUGUUAAUUAUCUUCGUUUUUAUUUCGUCUGCUGUUAGGAUCUCGACCUUCGUUUUUUUAUUUUUUUUGGCUCCUGUUUUCUGGUGCUGUAGAAGUUGGAUCUGAGCGGUAUAUGUGAAAGUAUACGCGUUUUCUGAUCUAUCCGAGCUCGAUUUUCUCUUCUACUGCCGCCUCUAGUGAUUAUUGUUGCCCUUUGUUUGUAUGUUCGUUGUCCAUUUUUAGGGUUUUUGAAACCCUAAUUUUGUUGAAUCAUGUUAUCUAUCGGUACUUGAGGAGGUCGAUUUGGGGGAAAUUAGGGGUUUUAUUAUUCAGUGAUUGGUGAUUACAUGUAUGGAUUCGGGGAGUUUAGGGGAUUCUGACGAGGAUUUGAAGUAUUUGAGGCGUCGGUCGACGGAGAAGAAUCGUAUAGUUUAUACCCGAAGGUCGAAAAAAGCCCUUAAAUCCUCCAAUAAUAACGAUACUGCCCCUGCUACUUGCUCCACCGGUAACCUCACCUCCUCUGCCCCUUCCACCUCCGCCGCGAAUCCUACCUCUUCAGUCACCGAUGUUUCCCCCGCAGAAGUUAACAACGCUGUUGCUGCCGGACUUUCUCCCGCUCGUAUCAAUGAGGGUCCCAAGUAUUGUGACACCGCUUCCCCUCUUCUGCCUGUUAUAAAUGGAAAUCUUGCUGGGACAGGAACAGCCUCACCCUCAAGAUUAGUCGGGGACAAUGUUGAGGAGUCAUUGGGAGCUACAGUUGGAAGGGAGGGUGACCCUCAGAAAUCUCCUUCUCUAGCGGAGGUUCUCCAGCGUGGGUCACCUGGCAAAGAUGCGGAUUCUUCUGGCCAGCUGAUGCUGGACGAACAGCAACAGCCCCGAGAAGAAAUGCCUUCAUUGUUGGAGGAUGAAAGUUCAGCACAGGUUCGGGUGCAUGAGGAUUGUGGUAGCCUAACUGAUGGGAAGCAGAAUGUUAGUGAGGGUAAGAAUUUGGAAAAAUCAACACCUGUUCACAGUGAAAUUCAGCAGAUGAGUGAUGACAGGCUUCCUAGUUUGAAGGAGCAACCAACAUUUCCAAGUGAAAAUGAUCAGUCAAUUGACAAAGGGCUUGCAGCAUCAGAUCUGCUCGCUGGGAAUGAGUCCCUGAAUGACAAAGAGCCAGUGACAGGUUCGAUUGCAGUUGUUCUCCCGUCUUCUGUGUCAACGGUUUCACCUCAAGUCCCAGAAGGUAAUGCUCCAGCAAUCGCUACUGUUGCGGCAAAGCCACUAGUGGUAUCUAGUGUUGAUGAUAGAAUUAGAAUUAAUUUAUGUAAUGGAACCCCAAAGGCUGAUAUUAAGGAGCUCAAGAAGAAGCUAGAGUUAGAGCUUAAUCAGGUUAGGCGGUUAGUUAAACAGUUUGAAUCAAAGGAGUUACAUCUUGCUUCAUAUAAUACUCAGAUUAGCAAAAGCAAUAUUAGUAUGAAUAGCAGUUAUGUAGAGCCUGAGGAUGCUCCUAUUGGUGGUUAUAGUCAACCUCAACCUCAGCAUUCCCAAAAUGAGGUUGUAAACCGGAGGGUGUUGGUGAGGAUGAAUUCAGAGAUGGGUGUCAAGAAGCACAAAGAAUCCAGGCCUGCUUCAUUAGUGAGAGUUAAUUCUGAUAUGGGUGCAGCCCGGAAUCUAGAAUCACGGCCAUAUAGGCGGCAGCUCACUGUUGCAUUAAUGGAAACCAGUGACCCAGGUGUGGAGAAGGAGAAAAGGACCCCAAAGGCAAAUCAGUAUUACAGGAAUUCAGAGUUUCUUUUGGGAAAAGACAGACUGCCUCCUGAAAAUACUAAGAGACACAAGUCAAACAAUGGGAGGAAACACAGUAGAGAAGCUGGAUUUGCAUUUGGCUUUGGGUUCGAUAAAAACAGGAAUAGGUUGUUUAGAAGCUGUGGCAGUUUACUCCAGAGACUAAUGAAGCACAAGUUUGGUUGGGUUUUCAAUGAACCUGUAGAUGCUAAGGCCCUGGGAUUGAUUGAUUACCAUGACAUCAUUAAGCAUCCCAUGGAUUUGGGUACAAUUAAGACAAGAUUGGCGCAGAAUUGGUAUAAGUCCCCGGGCGAGUUUGCUGAGGAUGUUAGACUUGUCUUUCGCAAUGCCAUGACAUAUAAUCCAAAGGGACAAGAUGUCCAUGUCAUGGCAGAACAACUGCUGCAGACUUUUGAAGAGAGAUGGGCAAUUAUAGAGGCUGAAUAUAAUCCUUAUUGGAAAUACCAAAUGUAUCCAGACGGAGGGUUGUAUACCUCCCCUUCCAGAAAGGCACCCCCCCAGUCUCAUCGAUUUUCAGCUGUAGACUCGGCCUCAGCUCCCAUUCCUGCUUUUAUACCGUCUGCUGUCCAUGGCCCUGCAUAUGUACCUGCUGCCGCCGCCUCACAGAUGAGGAAUUCUAAUGAACCUGAGCCGAUGUCAUCAACUAUGGUAAUCGAUCCUAAAAUUCAACGGCCUUAUUUUGGAAGGACCCCAGCACCCAGGAAACCUAAAGCAAAGGAUCCCAACAAGAGGGACAUGACUUAUGAUGAGAAGCAGAGACUUAGUACGAAUUUGCAGGGUUUACCUCCUGAAAAGCUUGAUGCAGUCAUCCAGAUUAUCAAGAAGAGGAAUACUGCAGUUUCUCAGAAUGACGACGAGAUUGAGGUGGACAUAGAUAGUGUGGAUACUGAAACACUAUGGGAGCUUGACAGGUUUGUAACCAAUUACAAGAAAAGCUUGAGCAAAAACAAAAGGAGAGCUGAACUCGCUCUUCAGGCAAGAAUGGCUGCAAAUCAGAGUACUGGAGGGAUGAAUUCCACUCUGCCAUCAACUGAAAAAUAUGCUGCAACUGGAGCAGCAACUGAAAAGGGAACUGCUCCUCCACCUGAAGGUGAAAAAGAGAGAGAUAGCAGAAGCAGGUCCAGCAGUUCAAACAGUUCCAGCAGUGAUUCUGGCUCGUCUUCGAGUGAUUCAGAUAGCGAGAGUUCCUCUGCAGACGGAUCAGAUGCAGAGCACACGCCGAGGACAUGAACAAAAUGAUUCAGGACUGUUGGGAGAAUGAUGGCUUUUUCCGGGGCAUUCUGUAGGUUUAAUAGUUUUCUGUGCCAUCAUUCUACUUGCACAAUCUUCGAUUUGAGGAGUGGGUCUUUUGUUUUAAGGCAAUACUUUUGUUAUCAGCAGCCUCGGCUCAAACGGACAGAUGAGUGAAUGCGCUUCUGUAAGUGUAGGUGGUUUGUAUUCCUGUUUUAGCACAAUGUAUUGAUGUAGCCUCCUUGUAUAUGUAGCUUAGGGAUAUGCUGUAGUAUAGAUUUCUCUAGUAUGAAAAUUGCACAUGAUUUGAAUUCAUGCAUUCAAAUAUUCACCUGA